UUCACGUUUUGCUCUUCUCUCCCAUUCUAAGGAUGCACUUUCUCCUUUCUCUUUUCAGAAUUACGCCAUCCAUGUAGCUCCUGUUGGAAAUAAUGAGACCUUAGGUUACUUCCGGUUUGAGCUCAACCCUUUCGUUCAUCGCAGGGAUGUGUGUUACUGUGGAGUGAGAUUUUAGCUAUGAGCUCAAGUGGCGAGACCCAUGAAGAGUACGCAACAUUGAGGUAAUCCUACAUAGAAAUGAUGACCAAUCUCACUUCUUUGUGGCAGGACACAUACUGGAGGUAUUUAAACCGAGUGUGCUGCACUUAUCGAGUGGUAAGGAGGAGGUUUGGUCGCGACUUAAUUCAAGACCUUAUCUCCCGUGCAAAUUCGUCAAUUCAAUCAACUACACUUCGACCGAAUAUAUGAAUUGUCCCCCAUGUAAAUGUGCUGUAGUUAGGGCCAAAUUGACAAAAGGGAGAGUUGUGUAUACGAAAAGUUAGUGUAGUAGAUAGAUAGUAGGGAUUCUAGUAGAAGUUACUAUUGCUUUGCUAGCCUAGGAUAUCCCGUUCCGUGGAGUGCACUGCAUUGUGAUUAUUGUGAUUGUUCAUCUCCUUUCUUCAAGCUGAGUUUCCAUCCACCAAAACUUCCACACACUUUUACUUACUUUACUCGGUCGGAUUGUAUGAGCUGGGUCGGUCGGAUAUGAGAAAAGAAGAAAAGCACUGCUGAGCCCCAUAAAAAAGAAGAAUUUUAAGUAACAUCAAUUAAUAAUUCAAUUAUUUAUCAUCUUUAUCUCUCUCUCUCCGAGAUCAAAGCAGUAAAGGAAAGAAGGAGGAAUAAAAAUUGGAACUGGAUUUGGUAACAUGACAAGAAGACCCUACAGAUUUUAUGGACCUUAAUUCCGUCUGAUUAUUAGUUUAUCCUCUCACUCAGCAACACGCCCGAUCCGAACCCAGAAAUUCAGACAAAGGAAACACAGAAGAAAAAUUUUCAACAAGUAAAAAUUCGUAUGCUGCUAAGCUAAAAGGUUCUUAAUAAUUCCUCAACAGUUAUUUUUUGACUAAAUCUUCGCAAUAUAGAAUUAAACUUUGGAGAAGGGACAAUUUUUGUGGGUGGGUGUGCCGUGAAGGUGGGGGCGGACUGACUCAACUAUUAAAUAGUGUUAUUCAUAGUGAACUAGUUUUAAACACGAGUUUGGAUAGUUUCCAAAAUCUGCCAACCUUCAAUUCAGUUUGCCAAGGCACGGGAUUGGCUGUUUAAUUGACUCUCUUGGGUGGAAUUUUCUCAGUUUCUCUUCCUAAAUUGAGAGUGGAAUCGCUCGCUUAAUUCUGUUUUUCGUUCGUGGCUAAACUUUUGAGUUUUGCAUCAGCAGCUUGGGUGGAGGGAUUAUCCUAACUCUGCUGAGUUUCCUAAUUACAAUGUCUUUAUUACGUCAAAACCGUAGGCUUUGACCAUCGUGGUCAUUAGCUGCGCGUCAUAAAUUUGUAAAUAGUAGGCUGUAAUUUGUAACCUAGAAGAACUUACUUGUUAUUGACACUUCUACGCUAGUACUGCUUCUGUUAUUGCAUUGAAAUUAGAGGUGAGAAGUGCUUUCCACGUUAUUGAAGCAGUCCACCUCUUUCAAUCCCGAAUCCCGACUCCUCAAUUUGGUUCCCGAUUCCGUCGUUCUGUCACGGAUUGUUACUCUUCUUCUCUUGUUCGGUCUGGUAUACACUUUGUGCAUCGGAACUACUUCAACAAAAAUACAUUUCUUGAAAAAAUGACGUCUGGAACGGUAUCAAAAGUAUCAUCCAUCCCAUUUUCUCAAAUUCAAUCAGUCCUGAUGUGUCUAUCCUCGUAAAAUUAGUCAAUUUAAUUUUCUGGAAGUCGAUAACGUGCUCCCGCAAGUGGUGGCACACAACCGAUCUUCACCCUGGCUGCACAAGGAAGAAUUCGUCCUUUUGAUCAGUUUGCUGCGCUGGAGCGGGCAAUGCGGGAUUGGGAGUUGGUGGACUCUGACCGUUUUUCAUUCGAAGAUUCCGAUCGUUUCGAAGAGGACUCGUUAUGUUCCUGGAUUUCAGAGCCGGAAAGUUUAUGUAACAACUGGAGGGGAUGGAAGAGAUCUAAUUUCCCAAGCAAUCCAAACCCCAUCUUGAAUGGAGGCACUGGCGGACCUAUCGGAGGCAAUGCGUCAUCUUCUCUGGGUGCCGCGUACAGUGCAAAUGGGGGGAAGAAAUCAUCCGCAGAUACACCAGCGGUGCCAGGUCAUCCACCCCAAUUGGUUGAACUGGCUGCAAAAUGUGUCGCUUCUCACAUACCGUUUGAGUUGGUGGAAAGGUUCUAUAUUCCAGUCCCAGAACAGCUCCAAUUACGGAUUGCGUUUUGGAGUUUUCCGGAGCAUGAAGAAGAUAUACGUCUGUAUUCAUGUUUAGCCAACGGUGCUGCGGAAGAGUUUCAAAAGGGAGAAAAACUGUUUAAGAAUGAUUGUGUUAGCGAUAUUCUUCAAAUUGGGUUCCAUCUGAGCGCAACAGUAAAACCCAGUAUGCGAGAAGCUCAUAAGGUUGCUGUAACAUUUGACCGAAGAAGAAUCACGACCUGCACCUGCUCAUGCAACUCGGUCACGAAUUGGUGCGGUCAUGUCGUGGCAGUAUGUUUAAAUAGGAUUUUCCAGACGAAUGAUGUCACCCUGCGAGCUCCUGUCAGCGAAUCUUUGUCACGGCUCCAUCGCGAUCAACUUCAAAAGUUUGCUCAAUAUCUGAUAAGUGAAUUGCCACAGCAAAUUCUUCCCACCGCGCAACGUCUUUUGGACGAACUUUUGUCAUCUCAACGCUCAGCUAUAAAUACUCUUCGUGGUGCUCCAGACCCAACUGCAGGAGCUUCUAGCAACGAACAGACAACCUGGUUUCUGGAUGAGAAGACUCUUCACGGGAAUAUUCAUAAAAUUCUCAUAAAAUUCUGUGUUCCAGCUCCAAUUGUAUUUAGCGAUGUAAAUUACCUAUCCAGCGCGGCGCCCCCUGCUUCCGCCGAAUGGAGCAGUUUACUACGACCUCUCCGUGGACGAGAGCCCGAGGGGAUGUGGAAUCUUUUGUCCAUCGUGAGAGAAAUGUUUCGUAGAGAAGAUAGAAAUGCAAUCCCACUCUUGGAAGUUAUAACUGAAGAAUGUUUAAACUGCGAUCAGAUUCUCGUGUGGUGGUUUAACACAAAGGUUGCUCUUCAUAACGGAAAUUCUGGACAUGGUGGGAAACAUCAUAGUGUCAAUUCCAACGCUCACGCCUGUCAGCACGCAGGGUCAAGUUUGUGUGACGAAAUUGUUAUUUUGUGGAGGCUUGCUGCUCUAAAUCCAGGACUUUCUCCAGAAGAGAGAAACAUUUUGUUGGGGCAGUUUAAGGAGUGGCACAUGAAGAUUAUCGAAAAGGUCUCCAAAUCCCGAAAUGCAUCAGUCGGUUCCAAACAUGCAAAUAGCUUUAAGAAUGAUGUGGAAGUGUUUCCUGGUUUCCGACCUGCUGUAGAAGCCUGUUAUCUAACUUGGGAUUCCUAUCCAAUUUACGGAGUAACCUAUUCCGAAGCUAGCAAAGUGUACCAUUGUCCAUUCAUGUGUUUUCGGCACUCGGAUGGCCACUCUCGCUCCGGAGAUACUGGGCUUAUCCAUUCCUCGCACGCCGUUCUGAACAACCCUGCAGGGGAACAUCAUCUUCUCCACUCCUCUGCAACGAUCUCAUCUGCACCAGGAAUCACAAAACGGCCGAGAAGCGUGGAUUGUGGGGUGGAACGUGGAGUAGCUGAUGCUGCCAAUCAUCAUGAAGCUGCUGGUCCGGGACCAUCCGGAAAUAAAUUGACUGUCCCAUUUUCUAUGGACGCAGCUCCAGGACCGUCCUCAGCCAUGGGAGGAAAAUCUUCUUCAAAAUCAGGAAAAUCUCGGAAAUCCCGUGGGACCGUCAACGAUAAGCAUUUAGGAAUUAGUGCGUCUGGGCUCAAACCCAAGAGUGAGUUAUCCAUGCAGAGUUUCGACAACUCCUUUGAUGGCGAAAUUCCCGGCCCUUCAUCGAAAAUGUUGGAGAAAGUUAGUGGAAUUUCCAACGCGAGUUCUCAUUUAUCUGAUCUCGCUGGCCUAGUGAAUAUGCCACUACCGCUACUACCACGACCACCUCCAGCGCCAGUGCAACAACAUCAACAGGACGAUAAUCGAAGCAGCAUCAGCUCUGAAGGUUUUUGUGAGAAUGAUAAUGAAGUCGAAGUUUUAGAAAUUGAAAUUGAAGGUGACAACGACGAAGGGGUGGACACUGACCCGAAAUUGGUCCUUAUACCACAAUCGCAAAGCUUGAACACGACGACGAGCGAUGAAAUCGACGGAGACGGUGAAGGAGACAAUGACGCUGAUGCAGACUCUGACUCGUCAAUCUUUACCCAGUCCGUCACCACGGGUGGAGUUGUUGAAGCCAGUGGAGCUGCUACCAGGAAAUUCGACUCGUCGGACUCUCAACAGAGUGGAGAUGAGUACCAGUUGUACUACUACGACCCGAAAGCAUCAGUCGGCCCACACCGUAAGAGUGACAGUAGCAGUGCAGAGGAGAGCUCGGGGGCUAAAAAGGGUGGCGAAGUUGGCGUGACCGUGUUCUCUAACCUGAAAAGAAUCGAGGAUCCUUGGGACGUUUUAUUUGCUAGGGCAGAAGGUUUACAUGCUCACGGCCACUCAAAAGAAGCCUGUAAACUUGGCGUAAAACUGGCUACCGACCUGUUAGCAAAUCCGCCCAAACUCUCCAUCGAACUGCCCAACGUUCCUGUGGGGAAAGGGAAAAGGAAGAAAGUGAACCCCAUCUCUCACCAAGUUUCAUGCUUGGCGUCCACCACGCUGGCAAAGUGUGGCUUCCUAUGCACCGUUCUCGCCGAGAAUCCCGACUACUAUUUCCUCGCCUUUCAGAUUGGAAUGUUCGGUCUGGAGUUGGCUAGACCACCCGCAUCCACGAAACCGCUCGAAGUGAAGUUGGCCAACCAGGAGGGUGAGUUAGCGGUCCUCCUCAAGAGGAUCCCUGUUGGUCAACGGGGGUUGGAAAUGAUGCGUGAAAAAGGGGAGAGUUUGAAGGGUGGAACGUUCAAGUCAAGAGGGGAGGCCCUGCUACCUCUCGUUCUCGCUAGCUUUAUCUUUGACGUGUUGGUGAGCCCUUCGAACCGGGAAGGAAGGUGUACUCUCCAACCUGGUGUGUUCCACCUCCCCAACGACGAGGCUCUCGGAUUCGAGGCCGCCGUGUCUGCUCUAGGAUUGAAGGCGAACGUAUCGGAGGCAGACCAUCCACUGCUUUGUGAAGGGACUCGACGUCAACGAGGCGACCUUGCCCUGGUUCUGCUACUCCAUUAUAAAGACGACUCGGAAAAACUCGCCAAAAUAAUGGACAAAUUAUUGGACAGGGAGAUACACCAGUUGUAUAAGGCCCCACUGCCUCCUGCUUAUUAUUCGAAUAAUCCACCAACUGCUCCUCUGCUAGCCUCAAACCCGUCGACGAAAACUGAACAUGAGGCGACUCACCCAAACCGAGAAACUUCCCCAUCUGCUAGUAGUGUCAUUGUUGGUGGAGGAGAAAGUACGCCCGUUGCGGUCAGCCCUGUCAAUGUGGCAAGUAGUAGCAGUAGUGGUGGUGGUAUACCUGUACUUCCUGCUACUCCACCUAAUGAAGGAAUUAUUCCUAUUGUUGACGCCGGAAAUUCCAACUCUGGUUCGGAUUCAAAUGGAGAAACUAAUCCGGUUGGAGAAGCUGGUGGAAAUAACGUCAAUGCUGGUGCUGCAGGAGGUGCAGCUAGUACCACCGCGACUGCAGGUACUUCAUCCACUGCUGCAGGAGGUAGCUCGGCUGGGGCAGCAUCGGCUUCUGGGCCUAACGGAAGUUCGGGAACGAUUCAAAAUCAGACUACCCAGACAUCCACCAAUAUCCCAACCAAGUCGGGUCGUUACAAAGGCAAGCGAGCCUAUCCCGUCCUACCCAACCAACCCUCAGAAGCCAGUGCCCACUUCAUGUUUGAGCUGGCCAAGGUCGUCCUUGGGAAAGCGGGUGGUUCCAGCAACCAGAGUCUAUUCACACAACCGAGUAACGGACAAAAUCCUCGAGGACCUCAUCGAGCCCUACACAUGUGCGCCUUUCACAUGGGGCUUUACGCGCUUGGGCUGCAUAACGCUGUGAGUCCAAACUGGCUGAGCAGGACGUAUUCCAGCCACGUUUCAUGGAUUACAGGACAAGCGAUGGAAAUCGGAGCACCAGCAAUUGCAUUUCUAAUUGAUACAUGGGAUUCGCACUUGACUCCACCGGAAGCUGUGACUAUUGCGGAUCGGGCGUCGCGGGGUGAUGCCAACAUGGUCCGUGCUGCAGCAGAGUUGGCUCUGUCAUGUCUGCCGUAUGCUCAUGCAUUAAAUCCUAAUGAGAUUCAUAGGGCGAUCCUACAGUGCAAGGAACAGAGCGACGGAAUGCUAGAGAAAUCAUGUAUGACGGUGGAAACGGCUGCGAAAGGAGGCGGUGUUUACCCCGAGGUUUUGUUUGACGUUGCUCGUCAAUGGUUCUCAUUGUAUCAAAAGCAUUUACCCCUUGAUGUCGAUGUUUUUAAUGACGAUUGUAACCACCACGACUCUCUAAUGUCCCUCGAUCCUAUGGACCCCAUGAACGUUCAUGGUCAAUUGGUCUCACCACAGACCGGUUUACCUCCCCUCAAUCUAAACAAUCCACCACAGCCCCCACCAUCCGUCUCCUCGGGUGGACCAUCUGCGGGUCCAGGUCCAGGUACAUUAUAUAAUGGACCACACAUGAUUCAAAUGCCACCCCCGUCAUCGCAUCACAGUGGAGCUGUAUAUCCGAUCGGGAACCCGCAACAAGUUUCACUUCCGUACGGGCAGGUCCCUUACUUACCAACGAAUUUCAAUCAAGUGCCUGCUGGAAAUUUCGUGUACGGGCAAGCAGUUAUUUACCAGCCAAACGCUCCAAAUAACAACCCUGCAACGACAUCGUCCUCCUAUUACAACCCGCAACAACAACAACCCCAACAGUCUGGUUCGUACGCCAUGCCACCAAACAUGCACCCUCAGUAUCAACAACAUCCCCAAAAUCAUCCCGGCAUGCCUCACCCAAUGGUAUCUGUCGGACCUCCUCUUCAGUUCUACCCUGCUCCGAUUCCCAUCACAUCGUCAGCUAAUGGUCACAAUCAUAACGCUCACAUGAACAUGAGACCCACCCAGGCUCAAUUUUUUUCCGUAAAUCACGGCCACAAUAUGAUGGGGAACCAACAUCAAGUUAACCACCACCACAAUCCACCCAAUAAUGGUCCACAGCAGUUGGCUGUCGUCACAACUGCUCAGGGGCACCCCAUGAAUAUGGGAAAUAUGGGAAUGAAUGGUCACCCCGUUAUGCAAUCCAUGCCACCAGUGUCACACCAUUCACACUCACAUCCUGGUGGGGGUCACAUGGUUAUGUCGAAUCCCGGAAUGCAUCCACCAGGACCUCAAGGACAGAAUGGGAUAAUGUCGGGUGUGAACCCGAACCAGCCAAUGAUGGUAGGACCGAACGGAAUGGGGCAGGGAUCGAUGGGCAUGAUGAACAAUGGCAGAGGACCAGUAGGGCAACCUCAGAUGAACAACAACUGUGUUCACAAUGGAAUGUACAUGCAAGGAAAUAACAUGAUGAUGCCGCCACAAAUGCAUCCAGGAAACAUGCCGGCCGAUAUGCCACUACAAUUACAUCCCGGAAACAUGCCGAUGGCCGAUAUGCCACCAACAUCGUCAGCGUCACAAUACUUUCUUCAGAACCCUCGGGAAAAUGUGAACCAUCAAAAUGGUCAAUCCGCUAUCAAGAUCAAGUAUCUCCUAGCUGCCUACCGAGUUGGGAUGUUGGCAUUGGAAGCACUCGCAAGACGAGUUCAUGAUGAUCGACCGCAAGCCAAGUUUGCGAGGAACCCUCCUUACGGAGAAGAUGUGAAAUGGUUGCUGUCAAUUUCAAGAAAGUUGGGAGCACAGUAUCUUCAACAGUUUUGCAUCUGUGCCGUCUCAUCGAUAUCGAACCCGUUUGUGUUGCAUGAGAUAAUUUUGGACGCUUCGAUGAUUCCGACGAGAUCAAACCUUGCCUACGUUUAUCAGAACCCUCGUUCUCCAUUGGCUCCUCUGGUGCAAAAAUGUCAAGGACUCUACUUUCAAUGUCUUCAUCAAAAGCUCUACCACAUCACUGUGUCCGACUAUGAGGAUUUUGUAAGCAUAGUUUGCAAUGCGAAGCAGGCGUUUCAUCUCACUCCGGACGGUGUCAGCCAAUUUAAGGAAUGGCUCACCAAUCUGAGACGAUCAAAAGCAUGCAAGAAAGACCUCUGGACUCAAAUAACAUCUUCUCUUCAAGCCAAUCCAAAGUGAUGCUCGUGUUGCUUAGGUUUAAUCGAAUUUUUAGAACAAUGGGACUCCCUGCCAGAAGAACAAUUUUCUCCACUUCUCCAUCUACACCAGCAGUUUAAUCAAAAUUCAACUCCUCCCCCUGGUUCGUAUUUCAACACGCCGGAAGAAUCAUUGUUGUUGCAACAACCACGUCAUCAACAGCCAAUGUAUUUGAACAAUUAUAUGUCACCACCACCUCCGGAACCUUUCUCGUUCCCAUAAAUGAUUUCCAGUUUCUUUGGGGGCUCAAGCAGUACUGAAAAGAAUAGAAACGCAUCCAAAAUGGUCCAAUAUUGAGCCAAAAAUCGGCACUUGCCAAACUUUACGUACCCCAGAACUCAGGACUCGGCUCAAGUUAUUUACUAUCCUCCCCAACUUUCUACUUAUUUAUUGGUAGCAGCAUUUUUUGAAAUUAUUAUACGUUCGUACUACUAUAUAAGUUAUAUUCAUAAUCGUACUACAUACCAAAAUUUCUCAUUUUUAUCCGAUUUUUGAUCUCGUUAUACGUGAGGAUUCACAAAACUACGUAAAUAUGCUUACUACUAAUCCUAAGUAUCUUUGUGGGUUUUCGAAAAUCCUACUUUUUAAGCUUUCUAGAUUAUGUAGUAGUAUUACAAUUAAAUUACUAUGGCCUUUUCGUCUGCAUAAGAACAGCACAAUUUCAAAGAAUUAUUAUACUAACGGUUCCGCUACAUUUAUUUUCAUUCAAAAAAUUCGUAGUGGACACUAUUUUUGAGUCGUUGGACUACUUCUCAUCAUCAACAUGCCUAUAGGUUUAUGUAUUAAGUACACGAGAUAUUAAACCUGAUUAUAAUGACAACUACAAAAACUAUGCUAUGCAUGCCGUGUAACCUUAUCAGUGUAACCUUACACACAACAUUUGUUCGCUAUUAUUAUAACCAUUAACAAUAAGAGUUAUGCCUACCACAUCAUCGUCAGGGAUUGUAAAUACUUUGAAACGCAUUUCGUGCUACAAAUUUUCUUUUGCGUAGCAUCUCACAAGACAGAAAAACAUCUCUUUAGAUGAUGAUUUGAAAAUCAACAGCAAUAUAGCCCGAAGACAGAACAACUCUCGCAAGGGUUUUUGUCCAAACUUUGUCCUCCUCUUAAAACAAUAGCCUUGUUCUCACACCGAACCAGCCAAAGACCAGCUUUCGUCCUUUUGUAAAAGCGUCCGGGCUAGUAAAAAAAGCACAAGAUUUUUUUAUGGUCAUAAUAAAAAAAUUAUCUUUAGCUUAUCAAUAUAUUUAUGUGUAGCAGUGUUUUUCCCCUCUGCUAGUUAAUCGUUAAAGCAAAUGUGCUCAUAAAAUAACACGAUUCAGAAAAAUGUAUGUAAUAUGUCCUCAGGGUCACCACCUAAAAAAAUCUCUCAUCGCGUACUCAGAGCUGGGAAAAUCCAGAUUAAAUGUUCCCGAUUGAGAUUAGAAUUAAAGAUUAACUAAUCUCAAUCCUUAAUUUACAUAAUUUUGAAAAAAUGCAGUUUGAAUAAAUCUUAAUCUCAAAAUUAAUCCAAUCCCGAAUGUAAGUCUUAUCCCAAUCCCAACUUUAAUCUUGAUUUCAAUUUUUAAUCAAAAAUCAAUUAAUUUCCCAGCUCUGUGCGUAAGUGUAACCUAUAUUUGGUAAGUGGGAGAAAUGUCCUCUUCGGAUUAUCGUCAUCUUAAAUCCUUGAAAAUCUUGUGUUCAGUAGAGUUAAAUAGUAAUACACACACACCUCCUUCCUACAUACAUACUACCCUCCAUCCAUGUAGCGAGGAGAUGAAUCGUUGUCUUAUAAUAACAAGCUUACUACAUAAUUCUUGAAAUAACUUGAAAUUCCGAACUUGUAUACUAAACUGUUAUCAUGGUUAAAAAAUAUUUAUCUGUUCAAUGCAAAUGCUUCGUCGUCGUCCCCCUCCUCCCACUCAAAUAUAUUUCCAUACGUCGAAUGGAAAUCCAACCCCCAUUCAUUCAUUGUUGCUCAGUUUUAGUAAAACAAAAAAAUGAAUUUAAAUAGCCAAGUAAACGACAAGUUUUGAAAUUCCACUUGAAUUGAGUUUAGGUGCCAAUUAACUAUAUGUAUGUAUCUCCAUAAAUUAAUAACUAUUAUGUAAAAUAAAAACCGACACUGGCUGGUUCAUCAUGAAUUUAAUUUAAAAAAUAGUAAAUAUUUAGUGUCAUGAUGGCAUUGUCCAAGGUCGCAACAGGAACUUAUGAUUUCACUUUAUGAGGUCUCAUUUUUUUUUACAUGUUACAAUUAUAAUUAGAAAUCUAAAUAUGUAUUAUACCUAAGGUAGACACAACAUUAUUGAUUAUCAGUGAAAGUGAAAACUGAAUUAAAUUGGAAUGAAAUGCGGAACAAUGACGUGUGACUUGUAGGCGUUGUAGGUAAAGAAAAUGGUUUCGUUGUAAUGUACAAAUUAGUAAACUGUGUGUAAAUGUAUGUAUGAAUUAUUAUGAUUACGCAUUAUUAACGCAGAUGUUUUCUUUAAUUAAAAAAAAUAGUUUUUUGAAGUGUGUGCAUAUAAAAUUUUAGCUCUGUAAUGAAUGUAUAUAAAUAGCGGCUUGUUUUAUCCGCCAGGAUUGAUUGAAUUCCCUGUAAAUAUCAACAAGUACUAAAUGUUGUUUAAUAAUACUAAUAAUACUUAAUAGAAACGUACAUAUUAUGUAGAUACACAAGCGCAGUAAGUGUUGUUGAUAAUAUAUUAUUAACGUUGACGUUUUAACGGUACGGUUUUAAAAAAAAGUAAGAAAAAAUUCGUCGUUUUGUAGUUCAAACAGAAACUUAUUAUUAUCUAGUAGAAGCCGUGUGUGUGUAUUUACACCGUAUUUAUUCCAUCCAUUUUUAAGAAAUCAACAAGUGUAAAACUUUAGCUUUAAAAUUUUACUUGUCGUGUCUCUAAUGUGCGUGUUUUUAUUAGAAAGUGUUGACAUUUUAGGGAGUACAUCUCUCAUUUUUUUACAUAUUAGAAAAUAUUUUAUUAGAUGGAAAUCUUUUCUCUCACAAACUCUCGUCUCUCUAAAAAAACGACGUUUCUUUUCACCCGCACACACGUGCAGAUAUCCGAAAAAAGCAAGCCCAGUUUUGUUUUUUUGUACCGUACCGCAAAAUUCGUACUUUUAGAAGGCUGAUUAGUAAAGAGAAAUUAAUAUCGUUUUGAAAAGGGAAAAUAAAAUAUUUUAAAAAACGCCAUCGUCACCAAUAUCGCUGUGACGAAAGAACAAAAAAUAUGAAGGCGUUUUUCAUAAGAUCUUUCACACUCAGAGCUUUAUAUACAUCGCAUAGGUUAAUAUCCCUUUUAUAAUUGGUAUUAUUACGAAUUAGUAGAAAUGGAUGCAAAAAUGUGGUUUCAAAUUCCGUAUGAAAAAAAUACGUGCUUUUUUCAAGUUUUUUUUUGCAUUUGACUUAAAAAUUUGUUAGUUAAAAAAAUUACGUCCGAAAAUUAAUUUAAUUCCACCUCUACUCCCAGUGAAAUAGUGUAGUUAGCAUUUUUGUUCUUUGGUAAAUUACCCACCAUUUAAUAUUUGAACAAUUGGAGACUGUUUUAAGAAUUGCAAUUCGUUUUAGCAGGAAAAGAGGUUUUUAUAUUACUCAGUUUUACGAUUAGUUUAAAAAAAUAUAAAGUUCGAAAUUAAAAAGAUUACUGUUUAUUGUUUUUUUAGUUGGAAAUUUUUAAACGAAAAUAAUUGCAAGUACAUAUUUAAAUUAUGAUUUCUGUUUCUCAAGACUGAUUAGUUUUACCGACGCUGGUUAUGUGUCAUCUCAUCAAUCUUUUUCGAAAUGUUGGUCUCGUUUAUUUAUAAGUCCUAUGAAAGAAAAGUUCAAAAUUACACUACGAGAAGGGAAGAAGAAUAUUAGGAAAUUUUCGUGGGAACGAUUUAUGAUUCCAAAAUUUCAUUUUAUUAUGUAAUUCAGAAUUUGAUGCCUCAAUUUUCAGGGAUGUACAAAGUGUUGUUGAGUUUUUUUUAAUGUUUAGUAAAUAAUUAACAUAACAUAUUUUCAACUUGUGUUUAAUUGCUCAUAUAUAUUUCCAAAUUUCCAGAAAAAAAACAAUGCAAGAAAAAUUUGAUUCCAUGUGCGAAUGGUGUUGAUCGAAUGCAUGCAUAUUUUUAACUCUCUCGAAAUUUCCUUCAAUGGCCUGAAUUAAUUAAUUAAUUGUUAACUCAUCAAACUGAAUUUAAUUUUUAUAUCUUAAAAAUUACGAAAAACAACUUAUUGAAUUUCCAUCACUGAAAAAAACAUUAAUUUGUCAUCCAUAAAAAAACUGUAUUUAUAACCUGUCUGUAAACUUUACCCGCUUCCACUAUGUACAGUACAUAAUGUACUACUAAUUGUUGAUUUACUAAAAAUUAGCCGAGUAAUUAGCUUAACUAAUUGCUUAUAAAAAAACGUAUUCGAAUGGAAACUUUUUUCUGAAACUUUUUUGAAAGUAAGUAUGAAAAGUUCUGUCUUUAAAUUAUAAGCUAAAAUUAAGGUAACAUGUAGUAUUUAAAUAAUUGUAAUUAAAACGUGUUGAUCGGUUCUGGUGAAUUCGAAGAGAAGAAAACAAAGAAAAAAAGAAUAAACAAAACGGAUUCACACAUCGUAUUUUAAUUGCGAUGAUUUUAAUCUCCUACGGAUUGCAUUAAUUAUAAAAGUAAAAGAAAAAAAUUGAAAGAA